AUGGAACACGACGACGACCUCGAACGCAAGAUUGAUGCUAUUUAUCGCCGCCAUGGCGUGAGUCGCGAUCAGCAAUCAGAGAUUCAAUCACUGGUAGCCAGACAUUGCCAGGCUGAGGUCUCGGCACGCAUGGGAACCAUGCGUGACCGCGCCGCCAACGAGCUGCGCGACUCGGCGAUGCGCAAUCUGCGCAAUUACCAGUGGCUGGCAACGCCACAUGAUACCUGGACGAUCCCAGGCCAUGAUUGGCAGGAUCGACUCAAGUAUUAUAAGCGGCGGUUCAAGGAAGAUAUACAGGGCACCGAGUCCUUGAUCUUGGAAGGAUCGAAGCAGCCAAUGGCCAACUCUACCGUGCCUGGAUCUGGCCUUUCCAACCACUCUAUUGACGACGCCGCUGAUGACGAGUCGGCUUCUCCCCCGACUACUGGGGACAAUUCUGGUCAUACUUCGGCUACGGAGGAACACGACAGCACAGAGCAGGCCGUCACCAUUGAAGAGUCUCAAGCCAGCGAGAACAAUUUUGACACUCCCUCCACCUCGGAGGACGAGGAAGCUGGGCUAUUGGAUCCGAGAACCGCUCUCAGAACCUUUCGUUGCCAGAGUCCUCCCGAUGGCCUCUGUGUGCCUUUUCCCUCACCCUGCCCUACGCCUGGGCGCAGUAACUCGGCCAUGACUAAUAGCCACGCUCAUCAUGCUCCCAUGUAUCAAGUCCCCCCUCUCUCUUGGUACGAAGAAUCUGACGAAGAGUGCUCUCUGGAGGAGCAGAGCACUACCAACGACACCGAGUCCGAGACCUCGGACACAAGUCAGCAGGAAGCUGAGUCGCAUCCUCGCAUCCUCUUUCAGUACCGCACAACUUGCAGCAGAUGCUUGAUUGGACCGCCCCACCCAGAUGUCCCAUACUACUACAUCUUGGGCUCCGCAGACUGUAUACUCCAUGGUCCUCACAGAAUACCCUCGCGAUCGCUUCGAUUCAGAGGCCGUCCCCCCAUCAGCAGGCGUUGGAGUGCCCCACGAAAUGUUUGA